ACCACACUCAUUCAUCAUGUCAGCACUUCCAAAGCAUGCACAGGCGCUAGGGUUGUUCACACGCUGCGACUUCAGGUUUGGCAGCCACCGGGCGUUUCUAACUCGUGCCUAGAGCCCCGAUCUUGCCAUAAGCGACAGCGCAUAGCAAGCAGUAUUACGAAGUAAUCCGAGCCCUCAGGCACCUCUACAACAUGCUUUGCGACCGCCGGGGCGAGGAGGAGCGCGACGAGCGACCCCGCGAGGACAAGGCGGCGCGCCAGCGCCAAAAGAUGAUGCAGCGGCACAACAUGGCGAUGCAGACGCUGGACAUGAAGCUGGACGAACUCACAACAUGUAUGGAGACCCUGCGAUCCUCUCUCCACCUCCUGCGCAGCCAGCGUCCUCAGAUCCUCCGCGUGCUUCCGCUUCAGCGCCUGUCUCCGUGCCGCCGCUGCCGCCACUGCUGCCGCUAGCUCUUCUUUCAGCUUUAAGUCCAGCGGCUUCUGCAUCUCCAUGUUGUGCUGCUCCACUCUUCGAAGAGCUAGCGGCGGUAGCAGUGGCGGCAGCGGCGGCACGGAGACUGGCGCUUAAGCGGAAGCACGCGGGGGACCUAAGGACGCUGGCUGCGCAGGAGGUGGAGAGAGGAUCCCAGGAGGUGGGACUGAUCAGGCAAGUGGCGUUGGGGGAUCUUGGCAGGGCGAGGUUAUGCAUGCACGGGGCACGCAGGAUGUACCGUAUGUGUGGUCACUUGUGAAGUCAUCAUUCAUCAGCGCGUUGGUUCGCUUAGUUCGCUGCAGCCUUUAGACGUCAUUAGAUGCACACACAGUACGCACACGCGUAUCAUCAGUCAGGACAGUAGCUAGGGGCAAGAUCGGCGGGCAGGGUCGGGUGGGCGCUUUGUGAGGCGGGUAGAUAGUUGGCGCCUUGAGCGGCUGGGUCCUUCAGAGCACUGCAUGCGAACCGCAAGCUGCUCGGCAUGCGCGCACCCACGUACACUGCUGCAGCACAGUUCUUGCUGUGAGGUCCUUGUACUAGCACCCUGCUGGGUCACGGCUACCAUGCGAUGCACGUGCAGCCGCGGCGGCGGGGGGGGGAGGGACAUGGGCGAUGCAGGAGGCGUGCCGCCGGCAGCAGCCGUGGAGGGGCAGUGGCGACCGAUAAGCGAUGUCACUUGCAGCCUGCUUCUUCAACCCGAAACAAUCGCCAUACACGAUCUGGCCUAUUGGAUGCCUCUGCGCCUCAAAUGCAUUCUGACUACAGAAGAAAGCUCACCGCUGCGCACAGCGGCCGAAGUGCGGGAGGAAAGGCACUGCAUUUUGCAAGACGGCUAUAUGUAAGGUAUAUGAAUAUGUAGUGUCAGUCGUUCUCAAUGGGAUUUGGGCCACGCAAGGCUUGUAUAGCCGGUCUCAGGCUCGGGCAUGGGGCAGCUGGCCCCAUCCCGGGGCCAGCCGAGUGCCCCGCGUUGGGAGGCGACGGUACUAUGCAUCUAAACGUGCUGGUUGCGCCACGCUUCACCCUACCUUUUAGUCUUACCCUUGUACCGCUGACACUGUUUCGGAAAGAUGCUGGGGCGCAGCCCCUGCCAACAAGCAGUGUGAGUGGCUCAACCGCUUAUUCCAGGUGGUGGGGGACCUGGGCGUGGGCGACCUGCAGCGGCUGUGCGCGGGGAAAGCGGCGUUGACGGACGAGCUGGUGGAGCAGCUGGGGCUUGAGCCAUAUCCCGGCGAC